UCGGGGUCGGGGUCAGCGGCUUGGGGGUGUCCGGAGGGCAGCGACCCCAAGGGAAGAGCCGGAGUGCCCCGCGGACCGACGCGCCAAGGAACCCCGCCGAUCGGCCCGAGCCCCGGCCGGCGCCCGCGGCGGGGUGGGCGCGGGACAGCCAUGAGCUCCCCGCCACCCGCCCGCAAGGGCUUUUACCGUCAGGAGGUGACCAAGACGGCGUGGGAGGUGCGCGCCGUGUACCGGGACCUGCAGCCCGUGGGCUCGGGCGCCUAUGGCGCCGUGUGCUCGGCCGUGGACAGCCGCACCGGCGCCAGGGUGGCCAUCAAGAAACUGUAUCGGCCCUUCCAGUCAGAGCUGUUCGCCAAGCGCGCCUACCGCGAGCUGCGCCUCCUGAAGCACAUAAACCACGAGAAUGCUCCACUCAGCUCCCACCCCAUCUCUUGAACCCGCUCUGCUCCUGGGCUCAUCACCUCAGCCUCGGUGUCUUGGUGAUUGGGCUGCUUGACGUGUUUACUCCCGACGAGACCCUGGAUGACUUCACAGACUUUUACCUGGUGAUGCCGUUCAUGGGCACCGACCUGGGCAAGCUCAUGAAGCACGAGAAGCUGAGUGAGGACCGCAUCCAGUUCCUUGUGUACCAGAUGCUGAAGGGGCUCAAGUACAUCCAUGCUGCUGGUAUCAUCCACAGGGACCUCAAGCCCGGCAACCUGGCGGUGAACGAGGACUGCGAGCUAAAGAUCCUGGACUUUGGCCUGGCCAGACAGGCAGACAGUGAGAUGACCGGAUACGUGGUGACCCGGUGGUACCGGGCACCAGAAGUCAUCCUGAACUGGAAGCACUAUACACAGACAGUCGACAUUUGGUCGGUGGGCUGCAUCAUGGCCGAGAUGAUCACCGGGAAGACGCUGUUUAAGGGCAAUGACCACCUGGAUCAGCUGAAGGAGAUCAUGAAGGUGACGGGAACACCCUCGGCUGAGUUUGUGCAGGGGCUGCAGAGUGCCGACGCUAAGAACUACAUGAAGGGACUUCCUGAGCUGGAGAAGAAGGACUUUGCGUCCAUCCUGACCAACGCCAGUCCCCUCGCCGUGAACCUCCUGGAGAAGAUGCUGGUGCUGGAUGCGGAGCAGCGGGUGACAGCGGCUGAGGCGCUGGCCCACCCCUACUUCGAGGCCCUGCAUGAGGCAGAGGACGAGCCUACGCCACAGAAGUACGAUGACUCCUUUGACGAUGUAGACCGCACGCUGGAUGAGUGGAAGCGUGUCACCUAUAAAGAGGUGCUCAGCUUCAAGCCUCCCCGGCAGCUGGGGUCGAGGGCUUCCAAGGAGACAGCUCUGUGAAGAUCUCUGGGCCCGGGGACAGAGGCCUGUUCUGUUCUCAGGCACCCACCUCAGCCUAACCUCAGGAGUGUCUGGACUUUCUGGAAGGAACCCCUCCUGGCCUGGGGCCGGCCUCUGACCCCCCCUGGAGCAGCGGUCCACUCCCUGGGGUAGGGUGGGGCUUGGGUCAGUCCUGCUCUCUCUGUGCCGUAUCCCCAAGGCCCAGCCCUUGUCACAGAUAUGGAGACAGAGGGAGGGUGCAGGUGCUGACUCAUGGACACCAUCUGUCCAGGGGGGCUCUUCAUUCCCUAGUCUUGAAUGUAACCAGCCAUGUGGCAUGUGCCCACAUGGCUGGAAGUAAAUAAACCCUUUUGUAGAUCUCCCA